CAUUGAGCUUUCGAAACGAUCAAUUUCAGAAGACUCUCAUGCCGGAAAAUGCUAAGCUGAUUCUUUGAGAAAUGGCGGCCCUGCCGCCUUAUCUGGGCUUUCCACAAGAGCAGUUUCUGAGUUGCCCACCAUACCAACAUUUCCAACUUGCACAGACCAGCCACUUGCCACAGGUCUUCUUUCCGCCUCUCUUCCCACCGCCGCAGGCCUUUCCAUUUCAACCACAAGCUCAGCAAGCUCCUGCAAACGGCCUUGCAACUUUUGGCCUCGAAGUCCAAGUACAGGAUGACACUGAUGAAUCCUCCUCAGGGGAAGAGGAAACCGAAGCCGUCCAGAAACGCCGUCGCAAGCGUCGGCGCAAGCGCAAGCCUAGACCUUUGAGAAAGAAGCCAUUGCCACCAGCAGAAGCUACUUUGGAGGAGGUGCCGCUUGAUGGCGGCGGCAUCUCAGGCCCAUUGGCGUUUCGCAUUGGGUGGAGCUGUGUCUUACAUGAUGUGCAUCGAAGAAGCUUCGUUUCCAUUCGGAAGAAGGCCUUCAAUUCUGAUGUGCUUGCACGCUGGCGGCAAAGACUUAUGGCGAAACUCGUGUGGUGCAAGCCCGAGCGGCCUCCCAAAGAAGGCAAGAGCCAGGAGGUGCUUGAGGACCCUUUGCUCCCGCGAAGUGCAGCUUGGCUGACUUUGCCGAGCUGUCGCUGUGAGUACGAGUACGCGGGGCUUCGCUUUCCACCAGUGAAUAUGCCGGCCUGGUUCCUGGAGAUCACAGACGAGGUCAGCCGCGCAUGCGGCUUGAAGGAGCGUCCCAAUUCCUGCAACGCCAAUCUCUAUCAGACUGGUGCAGACAACGUCAGCUGGCACUGUGAUGACGAGCCGCUCUUUGACGCAACAGGCCGCGAUGCCCUCAUUGUAUCUCUGUCGCUGGGUGCAACGAGGUCUUUCCAGCUCCGCCCAAAAGACGAUCCAUUUGAAGAGACCUUGGUGCUUUUGGAGGAUGGUGAUCUUUGCACCAUGGAAGGCCUUUGUCAGAAGCACUAUCGGCAUCGUGUUCCUCCAGAGGAGGAUGUCGUGGAGCCUCGCAUCAACUUGACCUGGCGAUGGAUUGUCCAGCAUGACGAUGUUUGCACAGGUGGAUGACUUGCCCAAACAGGCAUCAUCUCGCCUUCGGCCUUCUGAAAAAGCCCGCUUCGACUUCCAGUCGUCUCAGUGUUUGUUCACAAAGUGAUUUGGAGUCUUCUCACUUUGAAGCCAAAGACUUUCUCUGCUAAAUUAGAUUCUAAUUAAAUUCCAUGUAUUGUUUCUACUAGCUUGUUCCUAGUAGUAAGGCCC